AGUGAAGGCAGGAAGAAGUUGGUCCACAUUCUGCCGCUAUUUUCCCUUGACGACAUGAUGAUCCUCCGUUUGGCCAUGACCUUACUCUGUCUCUCCCAAAAACCCUCGGCGGAGGUCGCGUCCACAGGAGACAAACUCGCUUAAGAACGAUACAACUUUUUGGAAGACCCAAUGGGGCAAUGACAUCUGGUUAUCUCAUUGUUCAGAAAGAGCAGCAGGUACAGCUGUUUUAAAUAAUUCCUUCAAUGGGAAAAUCUUGCACAGUGAAGCUGAUACUAAAGGUCACUUUCUUAUUAUAAUUAUUAAUACCAAUGAUACCAUAAUUUUCUUAGUUAACAUAUAUGGAUACAAUUCAAAAAGUGAAAAUGAUACCCUAUUCGGAGUUUUAGAAUCUCGUUUCCUAUAUUGGCUCUCUAAAUAUCCAAGCGCAAAGAUAAUAAUGGGCGGUGAUUUUAACAUUGCUCUUAACGGUCUCAAAGAUAGGUGGCCUCCACGCUCUAAUCCCUCAUUAGCAUCUACUCUAAUACAGUUCAUGCAUAAAUUUGAUUUGAUUGACAUAUGGAGAGAAAAAAAUCCUGGAAUGUCCUUAUAUACUUGGAAUAAUAAAACUAACACUAGUUUGUCAAGAAUAGAUUUUUGGCUGAUUUCCAAUGGAUUUGACAAAAAUGUCAUUACUGUCAAUAUUAUUCCAACUCCUCUUACUGACCAUAAAGCAAUAUCAAUACAAAUCCUUCUAAACCCUCGUACUUGUAGGAAUUCUUACUGGAAAUUAAACAGCUCUAUUCUUAAACGUGAAGCUGCUUCUAAGACCAUCCUAUCUUUAAUUGAUCAUUACUGGCAAAAAGCCUUACUUGAAAAUAAGUUUUGCACUAACUGGGAACUUUUAAAAUUCGAACUAUCAAAAUUUUUGAGGACAUACAGUAGUUCAGUUGUUAAAGCAAAAAAAGCUGAAGAAGAAAACAUCUCAGAAAUAACGGCUUUGACACAAAAAAAACAGAGCUAACUUAUCUGAAAGUGAAUCUCAUGUCUUAAUACAGUUACAACUUAAAUUAGAUGAUUUAUAUAGGAUGAAAGCUGAGGGGGCUUUUAUUAGAAGUAGAAGGAGGUGGAUGGAGGAAGGAGAACAGAAUACUGCCUAUUUUUUCCGGCUUGAAAAAUCUCAUGGCAAACUUAAUACUAUACAAAAACUAAACAUUGACGGAAACAUCACAGACGAUCCCAAAAAGAUAGCUAAAUACUGCUCUGAUUUUUAUACCAAACUCUAUGAUUCUAAAUACUGUGAAGACCUCACCAGCCACUUUAUGGUAUCUCUCACAAACACUAAGUCAAUUGAUCACGGCCUGAAAGAGUCCUGUGACCAACCACUAAUAAUACAAGAAAUUAUCUCAGCAAUAGAUCAUCUUAAAUUAAAUAAAUCCCCAGGUACAGAUGGCAUUACUUCCGAAUUUUACAAAGCUUUUUCUAAGCAGUUAGCUCCCUUCCUCCUUGCUCUCUUCUCAGAAUGAAUUCAUAAUGAAUCCCUCCCUCCAACUUUAACUCAAGGCCUUAUAACUUUAACACCCAAACCCAAAAAAGAUUUACUUCUUAUUGAUAAAUGGCGCCCAAUAUCAUUACUAAAUAAUGACUACAAAAUUUUUGCCUCAAUAUUUGCCAGAAGAAUGAAAUUUGUUUUAGAUUAUAUAAUUGAUGAGACUCAAUCCGGUUUUAUGAGAAAUAGACACAUUUCCAACAACAUAAGAUUAGUUCUUGAUUUAAUUGACUAUGCAGAUCUAUGUCCAGACGAAAGUUUCAUCCUUUUCUUAGAUUUCUAUAAGGCUUUUGAUACAAUUGAACAUAACUUUAUAUUCCAUGCACUAGACAAGUUUAAUUUUGGCCCACUUUUCAAAAGUGCUGUCCGAACAAUGUACAAAAAUGGAAACUCAUCUAUUAAACUGCAUGCUGGCACUUCCCCCCGAUUUCCUCUUAGACGUGGAGUAAGACAAGGAUGUCCAAUAUCACCCUAUCUCUUUCUUCUUUGUACACAGCUUCUCACCGACUCUAUUAAGCUCAGCCCAUUGAAAGGUAUUCUAAUAGCAGACAAAGAAAUUUUCAUAAGUCAGUUGGGCGAUGAUACUACACUUUUCUUAAAAAAUAGAUGUCAGAUUCCUCUUGCUAUUGAUGUGGUUAACACUUUUUCUCUUGCCUCUGGGCUCUGCUUAAACAUUAAAAAAUGUGAACUACUUGCCCUCAAGACUUGUAAUAUCUCUUCAAUCUGUAAUAUACCUGUAAAAGACUGUCACAUAUUUAGGCAUAUUUAUAAAUAAAGAUAUGGAAACUAGAUGUGAUUUAAACUUUAAUCCUGUUAUCGACAAAACUCAGAAAAAACUUAAUCAGUGGCUGCAAAGGGAUUUAUCUUUGAGGGGAAGAACUUUAUUAACUAAAGCUGAAGGUAUAUCCCGGCUCACCUAUGCUGCCUCAUUGCUUGGUGUUAAUAAAAACAUUCUAAAAAAUAUUGACAAAAUGCUCUUUAACUUCGUAUGGAAAAAUAAAACUCACUAUAUUAAGAAAUCGGUUGUAAUGAAUACUCAUGACAAAGGAGGCCUAAAUUUUUUAGACUUUCAAACAUGAAAUAAUACUUUUAAAAUUAAUUGGCUGAAGCACUUCAUUAAAGACCCCUCCUCCAUUUGGAAUUUCAUACCAAAUUUUGUCUUCUCUAAAGUAGGUGGCCUACAUUUUCUUUUACUGUGCAAUUACAAGAUUGAAAAAAUCCCAUUGAAAUUAUCACUUUCACAAACAGAUGCUUCUCUCAUGGUCUUUAAUAUAUAAACAUAACUUCUCUCCGCACAGAUAUUACAUAUAGAAUAACAAAGACAUAACAUACAGAAACAAAUCCUUAUUUUACCCUGCCUGGUUUUCUCAUAAUAUACUACUGGUUCACCAGCUGUUUGAUUCCAAUGGCUUGCUGUUUACUUAUGAAGAAUUUACUUCAAAACACAAUGUGUUAAUCCCUACUGACGAAUUUAAGAUAAUCAUUAAUGCAAUUCCUGCUGGUGUCUCUUUGCUAUUUAGAAGCCCAGCGGACCAAAUACCAGCUCCUUUGCAUCUUGAUCCAUCUAAAAGAGAAGUAGGCAGGAUUUGUUUCUCGAGAACACGUAAAAACAAUCGUUCCAUACGUGCUUUAUUUCAAAGGGACAUAGUGUCUCUUCCUCACAUAACAUCUUAUUGGAAUCAAUUAUUACACAAUCUUGACUGGAAAAGAAUCUGGAUCUUACCAACUAGAUAUAUGAUUAACAACAAAAUAAAAGUAUCUUUUAAGUUAAUUCAUCAAAUUUAUCCUUCCAAAAUAUUUAUUUUACAGCGUUUUAAAAAACAAAUUGAUACUGAUUGCUCUUUCUGUUCAAACUGCCCUGAAGAUAAUUUUCACUUAUUUUGGUCUUGCCCUGUCUCCAAUAAUUUCUGGAAAGAUGUUUGUAUUUUUAUUUCUACUUUUAUUGACAACAGUUUUACUCUUUGUUUUGAAAAUAUACUGUUUGGUUUCACGUCUUUUACCUCGUCUAAAAACAGACACUAUUAUAUGAUUAAUUUUAUAAUUUUACUAGCUAAAUUUCAUAUUCAUAAAUGUAGGUGUAUAAAUAAAAAUCCUUGUUUUAUUUUCUUUCAAAAUGAAACUAGACAGUAUAUUCAUAUCAUUAAGAAUUCUUUGAACGCUAAAGCCAUUAAAUCGGUAAAUUUGUGUAGUUUUUCAUGUUUUUCUGUAGAAUGUAAUCUUGUUUUUGACCCCUCUGGCAAAUUGUCUUCUGCGUUGAAUUGUAUUGUUCUGUUUAAUGUUCAAUAAAGGAAAAAAAAAAAAUGAACAAUGCAAAGGGCGCAUCGAGCAGGUAGCUUUAGAGGAUAGCUACAAUGACAUCUCAGAGGGACAUGCCAGGACACGCCGGGGCAUUAUGGACAAAGGACUGUUCAUUGACACCUUGACAAACAACAUGACCAGUGUGGUGGAGGAUCGUGGCAAGUACUACACGUGGCGGCGCUUGGGUCCCGAAGACCAAAGAACACGGGAGCUGUGGGUGGACAUGAGCGACCCCGGGCACGGCCAAGUCCGAGUGCACGGCAUUUUGUCCAAUUCCUACCAGCAGGCCGCAAAAGUCGCCCUGUCGUUCGACUUCCCCUUUUAUGGACAUUACCUUAGGCAGGUUAUCAUAGCAACGGGAGGCUUUAUCUUCACCGGUGAGCUCACCCACCGCAUGCUGACAUCCACACAAUACAUCGCACCACUGAUGGCUAAUUUUGACCCCAGCCACUCAAAAGAGUCCAAAGUACAGUACAUGGAUAACGGCGAGGUGUUUGUGGUCCAGUGGGAGCGCGUUCGACUGGUGGGCAAAGAGUCGGCGGGGGCCUUCACCUUCCAAGCCGCACUUUAUAGAACGGGAAUGAUUUCUUUCAGUUACAAAGAGAUACCACUCCCGCCCAGUGACAUCGGUUUAGCUCAAGCACCAGUGAAGGUUGGCCUGUCUGAUGCCUUCAUGGUCAAAUCAUCCCAGUCAGAAGGCGUACGGAGGCAGACUGUGUACGAGUACCAUCGGAUCGAGGUCGGCGCUGUUAAUAUCAGCAACUCCUCUGCGGUGGAGUUUACGCCAUUGCCUACCUGCCUGCAACACGACAACUGUGAGCGUUGUAUCUCAUCGAAUCGGACUUCCGACUGCAGUUGGUGUAAUGUACUCCAGAGGUGUUCGGAUGGCAUGGAUCGAUACAGACAGGAAUGGUUGGAGUUUGGCUGCUCAGAAGAGAGCAAAAGGACCAAGUGUGAUGAUUACCCCGAAGAGGAAAAUUCUAUCACACCGGAAACGUAUAACGUGACGUUGUCAUUUGUGUCACAAAAUGACUGCAAUGGUGAUGAUGCGGAGCGGGAGAUUCCCAGAGGUAGUUUAGGUUGGGCUAACACAGGAGUCUUGGCGGGUGUCGCAUCUGCGCUGGUCUUAAUCCUGGCACUGGCUCUCGUGGCUCUUUACAUCUACUGCCACCCGACCGUCACAUCACCGCUUUGCUUCAUCCAUCGACACAAUAGCUACUGGCCCUCUUUAAGGUUCUGCAAGCAGCAGCAGUCUGGCUACCCUGAAGUUGAGGGGUACGCUGAAGAGGGGAGCAGCAUGAUCGAAGCGGGACCAUGAUGGAGAUACAAAUACAUACCUAGACAUUUAUUGUUUUUUUUUUUUUAGCCAUUUACCAGUAAGCUAAAUUCACCCAAAACAUACUAAAAUCUGAUUUUAUUGUAUUUUUUUCCAUGUAAAUAGAUGCCAUCAAAUUCUGAAUGUGAAUCAGAAUAUGAAAGUUACAAAUAUCAACUUGGGAAUUCCUCAAUUUCAGCUUUUACGGCUACAAUACUCUUUAAAUUUGUUGAUAAGUAGUCGGAAUUCGGUA